AGGACUAUGUUGGAUUUGCGACGCUGCCCAACCAGGUGCACAGGAAGUCUGUGAAAAAAGGAUUUGACUUCACCCUCAUGGUGGCAGGUGAAUCUGGUCUGGGUAAAUCCACCCUGGUGAACAGCUUGUUCCUCACUGAUCUGCAUAAGGACAGAAAACUACUCAAUGCUGAGGAGCGCAUCAGUCAGACGGUUGAGAUCACGAAGCACACGGUGGACAUCGAAGAGAAGGGGGUGAAGUUGAAACUAACUAUUGUGGACACCCCGGGUUUUGGGGACGCUGUCAACAACACAGAGUGCUGGAGGCCUGUCACGGACUACAUCAAUCUGCAGUUUGAACAGUACUUCCGGGAUGAGAGCGGACUCAACAGGAAAAACAUCCAGGACAACAGGGUGCACUGCUGCCUGUAUUUCAUUCCUCCGUUCGGACACGGGCUUCGUCCAGUUGAUGUAGAGUUCAUGAAGGCCCUGCAGGACAAGGUUAAUGUGGUUCCUCUCAUCGCUAAGGCGGACUGUCUCACUCCCAGUGAGAUAAAGAAACUCAAAGAGCAGUUGAGAGAGGAGAUAGGUAGGUAUGGGAUAAAGGUCUACCAGUUCCCUGACUGCGACUCUGAUGAAGAUGAGGGGUUCAAGCAGCAAGAUAAAGAGCUGAAGGAGAGCACUCCGUUUGCAGUGAUCGGCAGCAACACUGUGGUAGAGGCCCGAGGUCAGAGGGUGAGAGGGAGGCUCUACCCCUGGGGCAUCGUGGAGGUGGAGAACCCAUCCCACUGCGACUUUGUGAAGCUCAGGACCAUGCUGAUCCGAACUCACAUGCACGACCUGAAGGACAUCACCAAUGACUGCCACUACGAGAACUACAGAGCUCAGUGCAUCCAGACCAUGACCAGUAAAAUGAAUGCAGACAAGCGGGUGCAGAGCCCCAGCCCGAUCCUGCCGCUGCCCACACCAGAUGGGGAGACAGAGAAAAUCAUCAAAAACAAAGAUGACGAGCUGAAGAGGAUGCAGCAGAUGCUCCAGAAGAUGCAGCAGCAGAUGCAUGAGCAGGACCUGUGACCUCUAACCUUUUAUUUCGGAGACAAACCAAGAGGGUCAAACACAGCAACGAUUGGUACUUUCCCUAAUGCCGUCUCUUCAGAGGAUGAAAUUAGGAAAUGUUUUUAUGAUAAAAUUUAAUAUUUUAUCUGAUAUUCAAAUCACUAGUCACCAAUAAACUGUAGAGGAAUGACAGCAUGCUGGCAGAUGUAUUUUAAUUUAAUUAAAAAGGUAUGGCAUGAUAGAACCUUACAGAACAGUCUUUAGCCAAGUGAGUAACGUUAGGCAAUAGAGUUGAUUGUACUUUGUUACAUUUAGAUCACAGUGGAUUCCCAAGUACUUUAAAAACUUAAUGAGAUGAAUGCAGCACACCCUCAAUGCUAAUCCUCCAAAUACUAUUUAAAAUCUUUAACCAUGAAUCUAAUCAAACCAAAUUGUAUUGCAAUGUACAAUCAGAACUGUUAUCAUCAAAGAUGCAAAGCUCUUGUAAAAUCAAUCCCACAUGCAAAGUACUAAUUCAAUUGUGAGAGCACUUUUGUUGAGUCUGGCUGCAUGAUAUACAGAAUAACAUCAUCAACAUUAUCAAUAAUUCUCCAUCUGCCAUAGCGGUUAUAGAUAUUAUCACAUGUAUUUCAAUCAUAGACUGCAUGUAGAGAGACACGUCUCCAAUUCCUCUCACUGUCCAGAAAAGAGUUGAAAUUGUCUUGGAUACAGCUGCCGUGUCGCGCAUUUGAGCCAGAGUCUGUAAAGUAGUGAUCGUGGGAUGAAGCCUUGGUAAUGAGGAACCACCAAUUCGGUGACUUCACCAAUGUGUUGGUCUCAGCUGUCAACCAUGACGUUUCACCUGCUUUUACAGUAUCAAAUAGCUAACUGCAUCAAAUAACAACUACACUAAGUAGAGCACAUACAUGCCAAGGCCCAACAAUCCCAAUCAAGCUGCACCAAAUUUUCACACACUCAUAGAUUGUUAUCAUUCAUCAAUAAUAUUUCAUAAAUUAUUAGACGAUAAAAAUGUUGAAAAAAAAACCUACCUCACAAAGUUACAGAAAGUAAAAUGAAUUCCUGUAUCCACCCCCUGAUCUGUAUCCUUGCCUGACCCACACAACAUCCUUCCACCAUGUUUAGUGUUUUUGUUUAAUCUUUCUUACAAACAAACAAUAUAACAUACAAACAAACAUAAAGGGGUGAAAACACAACCUCCCUGGCGGAGAUAAUUAAUACCAAACUUACAAGAAAUACAUAAAUACAACACCUAAAUAAGGAUUUCCUAAAAUUACAUAAACAAUCUUUGUGUUGAUUUUAUGUUGAUAGUAAUAAUAACAUUUGUUUAUAUAGCACUUUUCAAACUAAAAAGUGAGGGUUAAAAAAUAAAAGAUUUGAUUUUAUAUGCUAUUGAGUAAAUGUGUGGAUUGACUUAACUGACGUUGAUGAUUGUGUGUUGUUUCAUAUUUUUCAAAAAACAAAACUGUCCUAAAUGUAUGUAUUUGUACUAAUUUUUUAAACUGCAUUUUAAGACAGUUUUAUUUAGAAGGACUUGAGGGUUGUCGCAAAGCCACUGCAGCUAAAUUAAAGACAGCCUAAUCAGCAACAUAACCUCCUUCAUGUUAUAGUUUAUAGUCACCUUUGUUUUAAGAAAUGUGUAAUGUUAAAUUAAUUCUGUUAAUGAACAAAAAGUUGCAUUGAAAAUUGAUUUUGUCUCAAUUAUUUAUUUGGGGUUUUGGGGGCAAAUCGUGUAAAGCACCAAGCCUACAGCCAUGCU